GUGAUGGUGAGAAACAGCUGGAACAUCUGAAGACAGAAAACUCAGAGCUGGAGGUCAGACUGAGUGAUGGUGAGAAACAGCUGGAACAUCUGAAGACAGAAAACUCAGUUCAGUCUGAACAGAUUUCCUUGUUGGAGUCCAGACUGAAUAUCACACACAACAACACCACAGAGCUGGAGGUCAGACUGAGUGAUGGUGAGAAACAGCUGGAACAUCUGAAGAAAGAAAACUCAGCUCUGAAGGUCAGACUGAGUGAUGGUGAGAAACAGCUGGAACAUCUGAAGACAGAAAACUCAGUUCAGUCUCAUCAACUUUCCUUGAUGGAGUCCAGACUGACAGACGGACACAACACCACCACAGCUCUGGAGGUGAGACUGAGAUCCACUCAGACACAGCUGGAACAGCUGGAGAGUCACACUGCAGCUCUGGAGGUCAGACUGAGUGAUGGUGAGAAACAGCUGGACCAUCUGAAGACAGAAAACUCAGUUCAGUCUCAUCAACUUUCCUUGAUGGAGUCCAGACUGACAGACGGACACAACACCACCACAGAGCUGGAGGUCAGACUGAGUGAUGGAGAGAAACAGCUGGAACAUCUGAAAACAGAAAACUCAGUUCACUCUGAACAGCUUUCCUCGUUGGAGUCCAGGCUGAAUAUCACACACAACACCACCACAGAGCUGGAGGUCAGACUGAGUGAUGGUGAGAAACAGCUGGAACAUCUGAAGAGAGAAAACUCAGAGCUGGAGGUCAGACUGAGUGAUGGAGAGAAACAGCUGGAACAUCUGAAGACAGAAAACUCAGUUCAGUCUGAACAGAUUUCCUUGUUGGAGUCCAGACUGAAUAUCACACACAACAACACCACAGUUUUCUCUUCAGAGCUGGAGGUCAGACUGAGUGAUGGUGAGAAACAGCUGGAACAUCUGAAGAAAGAAAACUCAGAGCUGGAGGUCAGACUGAGUGAUGGUGAGAAACAGCUGGAAGAUCUGAAGACAGAAAACUCAGCUCUGGAGGUCAGACUGAGUGAUGGUGAGAAACAGCUGGAACAUCUGAAGACAGAAAACUCAGUUUUCAGCGUCAGACUUAAUGAAACUAAUGAGAUUCUGCAGCAGAUAAAAAAACGAAACUCAGGUGACCUGAAGGUGGCGUUUUCCGCCGGUCUCACGGAUUCAGGAUCAGUCGGACCCUUCAACAUUGAGACGACUCUGGUCUUCUCCAAAACCAUGUCCAACAUUGGACAGGCCUACAACCAGACCGCAGGUGUUUUCACGGCUCCCGUCAGAGGACUUUACUUCUUUAGCUUCACGGCUGCAGAUUACAUGAAAGGUUACAUGGGUCUGUACCUGUACAGGAACAACCAGCCAAUCCUCUUCAACCUGGACCUGAACGACCACGGCGGCUACGCGUCUAUGUCCAACGCCGUUGCUCUGCAGCUAGAGGGGGGCGACCAGGUCCGCCUCAGUCUGCCGGCCAGCUACCGGCUCUACGACGACUCCCGAAACUUCAGCGUCUUCUCCGGAUUCUUGCUGUUCGCCCUCUGAGGUCUGACAGUCCCAGGACCAGGACCAAGGUACGAGUGAGACAUCCUGUCUGCAUAAACUAUCCUUUCAGCUGUCAGACUGGAUCAAAGAGACUGGACUUUUAUUUUGGUAGAGACUUCCUGUGGUUACAACCAGUAUAGACGUGUUUAAGUCAAUGAAGCUCAUAAAUAUUAAAAGGUAAGCUUGUAUUUAUUUCAACUUGGACUCCAUAUCCCAUCAUGCAUUGGUGUCUGAGAGUCUGAUGAAAACUAGAAACAAGCUGUAAUUCAACCCUACAGGACAGAUGUAGAAGUAGUAAUUAUUUACAUGGAGUCUGGUGGAGAUAUGCUGCUCUAUACACACUAAAAGUAGUGAUUAUUUACAUGGAGUCUGGUGGAGAUAUGCUGCUCUAUACACACUAAAAGUAGUGAUUAUUUACAUUGAGUCUGGUGGAGAUAUGCUGCUCUAUACACAGUAAAAGUAGUGAUUAUUUACAUGGAGUCUGGUGGAGAUAUGCUGCUCUAUACACACUAAAAGUAGUGAUUGGGUUUGGUAAUGGUGAUUUUGGGGCUGCAGCGGUCUCUCUUAAUAUUGGACCUAUUUUAAAGACUGCUGUUCCCAUCAGUCACUCAGACAUGAAGAAGGUAGACGAAUAAUGAAGUUUCCCUUUAAAGGUGCAAUGAUCAAAAUUGACAUUCCUACACGGCGGCCCUAUAAAUAACCUUAUAGAAAAACACAAACAUCUAAAGAAGUCUCAAAAUUUUAUUAAAUUUUGAC